AUGAAGCUGGUUCAGAUACGUGUCCGUCUGCAUUGUGUACCACUGCCAGAAGAUACGUUUAGACCAGUAAUUAAGGAUAACUAUUUUGAGCAGCAUCAUUUCUGGUUUGAGCUAGAUCAUACUCAAUCUAGUAAAUUGAUCUCGCAACUCUCAUCUCUUGCAUAUGCUCCGAGUAGCACACCACAUUAUCCAGCACUCCGGAGAAGUAUAAUCCAAACUUCACCAGCAAAUAACAAGAUAACAGUAAAUAGAUGUUCUGAACCACAAAACUUGAAAAAUAAGCCAUCCAGUUCCAUUGAUUCUCAAGGUGCAUUGGAAGAGAAGAAUUUUAUAUAUAUGAAACUAAAAGAAAUAGCUCUUGAUCGUGAAUGGCCAGCGAUCUCCAGAAACGGGCAUGCAGAGGAAAACACCAAUGAAGGGAUAAGUUAUAAUGAUGUAAGCAUUGAUCAAACAGGUUUUGUGGAACCACAGCUUCCUGGAGAAGAGAUGAAUGAAGAAGGCAAUUGUGACUUGGCUGGUUAUCCUCCUUUUGUAGCUCAGCUGCUGAAAGAAGUGAAAGAGCUGAAUGCAUUUAAGGAACAGCACACCCAAAAAGUGACUGGCCUGGAGAAGAAGCUGGCUAAUGCACAAGAAGAAAUCAAACUGCUAAAAGGUAGAUGCUUGAUGUUGGAGUCCACAAAUCCUUCUCGUACACAUGAUAGUGCAAAUGUGGUUGAGUCAGACGAUAUAGUCUGUGAUGAGUCAAUCAUCCUAGCUGGAGAAUUUGAUGGUAAUAACUGGCUAUCGGCCUUGGACUUGUACUCACCUUUGAGUGAUGUUUUAAAGACACUUAAGACAAUGAGUUCAUUUUGGUCGUAUUUUGCAAUUGCAAAUCUGAGUAGAGAAGUCUAUGUAUUUGGUGGCAAAUUUGGGAAGUUGUGGGACAACACAGUUGAAUCAUAUAACCCAGCAAAUGAUAUGUGGACUGUGGAUUCUCAUUUGAAAAAGAGAAUCAGUAACUUAUCUAGAGCUACUUUGAAGGACACGAUGUUUGCAAUGGGUGGUGGAAAUGGGACUGAAUACUUUGCAGAAGUUGAAAUGUAUGAUCCUCAAGUAGGUCGAUGGAUUCCUUCACGAUCCAUGUCGCAGAAGCGAUUUUCUCUUGCAGCAACAGAACUCAAUGGUGCAUUAUAUGCUGUUGGUGGAUUUGAUGGAGACAAAUAUUUGGCGACUGCUGAAAGGUUUGACCCCAGAGAACAUGCUUGGAUAAAAAUUGAGAGUAUGAGCACAAAAAGAGCAUAUCAUGUGUUGGUUCCUUUGGGGGGGAAGUUAUAUGCACUUGGUUGCUCUGAUAGGUCUCAAAUGAUGCCAAGCGUUGAGAUAUAUGAUCCCUGUUGGGGAACAUGGAUGAUUGGGGAACCAAUGAACUACUCGAGGGGUUAUGUAACUGCUGCUGCUCUAAAGGAGUCCAUUUAUGUCAUUGGAGGGGCUCAAUCUGAUAAUGAAGUACUAGACACGAUUGAACGUUACAAGGAAGGCACAGGUUGGGAAAUAACCAACUUGAGCAGAGUCGGGAAAAGGAGAUUGUCCUCUGCUAUAGUUUUGGAGGAAGAUUGA